CUAUGAAUAUUUUCUUUACAGAUAUAAUAAAGGAGCAGAAUCGAGAGCUAAGAGGUACCCAGAGAGCUAUUACCAGAGACAGAGCAGCACUUGAAAAACAGGAAAAACAACUGGAGCUAGAAAUAAAGAAAAUGGCUAAGACUGGUAACAAAGAAGCCUGUAAAGUUCUAGCAAAACAACUUGUGCAGCUUCGAAAGCAGAAAAAUCGAACAUAUGCUGUUAGCUCUAAAGUUACCUCUAUGUCAACCCAAACAAAGGUGAUGAACUCUCAGAUGAAGAUGGCAGGAGCUAUGUCAACCACAGCAAAAACAAUGCAAGCAGUUAACAAGAAGAUGGACCCACAGAAGACGCUGCAAACCAUGCAGAAUUUCCAGAAGGAGAAUAUGAAGAUGGAAAUGACCGAAGAAAUGAUUAAUGAUACUCUGGAUGAUAUUUUUGAUGCGUCAGAUGAAGAGGAAGAAAGCCAGGAUAUUGUUAACCAAGUACUUGAUGAGAUUGGAAUUGAAAUCUCUGGAAAGAUGGCCAAAGCUCCAUCAGCUUCCAGAAGCUUACCAUCUGCAUCCACAUCAACAGCUGCUACUAUUUCAGAUGAAGAGAUCGAACGGCAGCUCAAGGCUUUGGGAGUGGAUUAGUUUGGCCUUGUGUGGUCUGCCUUCUUGCUCAGCUGCAGACUGUCAAAGUGCAAAUAUUCCUUCAAUGCAACUGAAGCCCAGGAAAACUCUGAAGCUUCAGAAGUGACAACUUGAAGUUGGGGAGGGAGGAGAAUACUUUGAAUCAAUUGACAGGGAGAACUACAUUUCUUGUGUCCACUGUGUGCAGUCUUUUUAAGCACUUGGCCAAAUAGGGAUCUAGUUCUAAUGAUGCAUCAUUUAAGUGAUCUGAGUGUGACCUCUGAGUUCAAGGUUUUCUUCUAAUCUCAGUUCUACAUAUUUCUUUAGAAUUGGCUGUUCUGCCAAUUGGUGAUGAUGUCUCCUAGGACAGCACCUAUAUAAAAUAUAUUAUUAUAAAAACAGCGCUAGAAAAAUUUAGUCUGCCAUCUUAAUGUAAAAGAAACACUACCUUUGCUUUUAGUUGAAAAAUAUUUUAUUUUGAUGAGAAAUAUCCUUGAAGGUCUAAUAAAUUUUGGCAAAAAGGAAAAGCAUUUUACAUUGUUCUUUAACGUCUCUGUAGUAUAUUUGAAUUGAUUAAGUAAUAGCUGAUUGUUCCAUUUACCGAAGGGCAAGGAUAUAGUUCCUUGUGCAGAUAAUUUUACUGGAAAAGGAUUCAAUUUGUUAGUGAACUUUGUUGCAUGAAAGGCACUGACUGAAUCUUAUUGUACUGUAACAUAGCUAGAUUCAACAGAAUUGCUGUGCCUUUUUGUAUAUAAAUCUUGUACCCUUGUGACUUUUUUUCAGAAAGAGUCUUUGAAAGGUGGGUAAACUAUGAAGAAGAUACAAAUCACUGAGAUCUCUGUGUACGCUUGAAAGGACUCAGAACGCAAGUUCAAAAAUGCACUUGUUCAGAAAUGCCAUUUGCAUACUUGCAAAAAGGACAUUUGCCUGAAGCAACAUUUGUAUAUAUAUCUUACAGUAUUUCUUAAUGAGAAAUAACUGUCCACGAUUGUAUUAUUUACUAAGAUGCAGUUGAUCACAUUGAUAAGUUAUAUCUAAAUUUUUGUCAUGAGAACAACUUUUGAUGAUACAUGAUAAUUGCUUGUCAAAGCACUAUAAUAAAACUAUUCUGGUUCUGUGAGGGUUUUUCUAUUGUUUCUGAACAGUC